AUGGAUACAUUGGUUAGAUGCCCAAAGUGUCUAAAUAUAUAUAAACAACCAAAGACAUUGGAUUGUGGACAUAUUCUAUGUUUAUCAUGUUUAACGGAUCAAUUCCAUCCAGAGAGUUCACCAUACAUCAGUUGUCCAAUAUGUAUCAAACAAACAUUGGUACUGAAUUCAAGUGUUGCAAAUCUACCCUCGAUCCCUGCCAUUGAGGAGCUGCUCAACUACUACCCCGACAGCUUUGGAAGCACCCAUCUACAUGGCCACAAUGCCAACAGUUCUGGUGUGAUGCUCUCGCCACGUUAUGAGCGUUUGAUCACAUCACCCUUGCCAGAUAUAUGUGCCGCCGUCAAUUUAGGUGGUGAUCAAAAGCCUCGUGAUACACCUUCCACUCUAUUAUCCGAUGAUAUGGCCAAGUGUCCAAUGCACCAUGAACGUUACAAGUUGUUCUGUACCAACAAGGAGUGUGAUCGUCUCAUCUGUGCCGAGUGUAUAAUCGAUCAUAGUGGCCAUCACUUCUCAAAGAUUGCCCGCGAGACUGACCGACGUCUCACAGACAUUGAGAACCUGGUGAUCUCCAUGUCCAACGUUCCAAUGAAGUUGCUCAAGCACAAGCAGUUGAUCGAGAAGCAUAUCACUGAUGGCACAAAGAUGUACACCGAUACAAAGGAGAAGAUUGCCUCUGAUAUUGAUAUGAUGGUCAAGGCCCUGUUGGAUCGCAAGGCCAAUCUGGAGACCCAGAUCGAUAAGGAUUGGACUGAACAGAGGCAACAACUCAACGAUACAUUACAAACCAUCUCUGUAAAUAUUGGAUUGAUCAAAGAGACGAACCAGGUCACUCAACAGCUGAUGGCAGAGAGGAUAAUAUCGGAGAAGUCAAUAUUGGUUAAUUUCAGUCUGUCAUGUGAUGACUCUGUUAGUACGGGCAGCAUGGGACAGUUUAGCAAUGGAUCAGAGAGUACAUCGAGCAGUGCAACACAUAUGGAUGAGAACUUUAAUAAGUUAUCAUUGUCAUUGUUGACCAAGUACGGUGACCUGAGGAGAAUGGAGGAGUUGUCAAAUAACAUUAUGAACCAGGUCAUCACAAACAUUGAGUGGAAGUGGGAUGCAGAGUUCCAGUAUCCACAUCUGUAUCAAUCAGCCAGUGGCACCAGCAGCAGCGGCAGGAAGGACAGACAUUCCAGUCCAAAUGGUGCAUCCAAGAAGACCAAGCAUUCACCUCCACAUUCAGUUGCCUCUUCAUCUUCGGGUCAUCAUCCAGUAUCCACCACAGCACCACAAUCAUUGGAUGACAGUCGCAAGUCAAUGCCCAGAUUACAGACAGAAUCCUUAAGAAGUAGUGGUGAACCUGGAUCAUCCAGUACUAGUACCGCUGAGCCUAUCAUCACCAAGGUACCAUCAUCAACAUCUGUGGUGUCUGUCAUGUCCAGUGCUUCAGCAAUGAUAAUCAACAACAAGUCCAACAAUCAUACUGCAACCACAGCACCCCUUCUAUCAUCAUCAACACAAGAACUAUCAGAAAGCAAACAAACACCAGCAUCAACUACACCAAUGGUACCUACACCAUCUGGCCCACCAACGUCAAUGGGUCCACUUCAUCCAAAGAAGAACCCUGUGUUUGGAAAGUUGAUGACCAGAAAGGACUCAAUGAUCAACUAUCGACUUCAAUACCUAUACUCGAUUGGUGGAGAGCACAGCGAUGGCACUGUAGAGGUGUUCAACAUCCAGACCAACAAGUGGAAGUACGUAGCACCUAUGCCAAGGUCAUUGUCAGAGUUUGCCGCCAUCUACGACAACAUCAAUGCCAUCUAUUGUUUUGGUGGCCGAGAGACACCAGACUCAAUCACCAAGUUUGACAUUGAGAAGAACAAAUGGGAGGUGUUGGACAUCAAGCUGGAGACACCUCGCUCAGGUCAUUGUGCAAUCUUUGACGGACGUCGCUACGUCUAUCUGAUUGGAGGCAGUGGACCAGUGGCUGGCAAGUCGCUGGAGCGCUUCGAUCUGUUCACCAAGUCAGUUACCAAGCUCAGUGGCAUGACCUACGGUCGACGACAUUUCCACACUUUCUACAACGGUGACAAGUGUUUGUAUGCAGUGGAUGGCUAUGCAAACAAGGAGAAGAAGUCAUCGAUAGAGAUGUACGACAUUGAGAAGGACACGUGGAAGGUGAUAACCACGAUCAAGAGACCGAGAUAUCUGGCCAGUGUUACAUUCGAUGGAGCCAAGUACAUAACGAUCGAGGGUGGUCUUGACCGUUGUACCUCCAAGGACAUCAAGGCUAUGGAGAGAUUCGACACUCAGUUCCUGACGUGGGAGACGAUCUCACAGAGCGGUGACGAGUCUGUCGACACUGGAUGUGAUGAUGAGCAACAGCAGGCAAUGAUGAGACUCAAGACAAAGAAUAGGAUCCAAUUCUUCAACAGUUCAUUGUUUGAUGGCAGUCAGAUGAUCUAUUACACUGGAGUCAACAUUGACGAGCCACUUCCAAUUGUAUAUCGCUACAACAUCAGAACCAAGAGAAUGGAUCAAUUGGCAUCAAUGGCCCAUAUGAGAUUGUCCAACCAACUUGUAAUGGUGACCAAGUAA